AUGACGCCUACCUUUAUCCUAGGCUUUCUAGGUGCCGCCGUGGUCCUACAGAUCAUUCGCCUGGCAGUCAACUCAUGGCGACAUGCCCGCAAAGCUCGAACCCUGGGCUGUGGCCCUGUACCACGUUUGCCCUGUAAAGACCCGAUCGGAAUUGCAACUCUUAAGGAGUCAAUGGCAGCGGACAAGACGAAGACCAUUCCUCUACUUUCGGAACGUCGUUGCAAAGAGAUGAGCGAGCAGGAAAACCGCUUUGUCUCCACUUUCAUCAUGCGCAAUCUCGGCCAAGACAUCACAUUUACCAUCGACCCCAAGAACGUUCAAGCGGUGCUAGCAACUCAGUUCAAGGACUUUGAGCUUGGAGCCCCGCGUCGCCGCAACCUGCACCCCCUCCUGGGAACCGGAAUCUUCACCGCCGAUGGCCAAGAAUGGAACCACUCUCGCGGACUUCUCCGUCCGCAAUUCACCCGCGAUCAAAUUAGCCAGCUGGAAUUGGAAGAGACUCACGUUCAGAAAGCGAUGCAGGCCCUGCCGGUCGCUGCCAACAAAUGGACUGCCGCUACCGACAUCCAGUCGAUUUUCUUCCGUCUAACCAUGGACUCCGCGACCGAAUUUCUGUUUGGAGAGAGUGUUGAGAGCCAGCUUCAGGCCCUGAAGGGCUUGGAGCGUCCCGAGGACAACUUCGCGACUUACUUUGACAAAUCCCAGUGGGUUUGCACCCAGCGCGCCCGGUUCGAGAGACUUUCGUUCCUCGCCGAGACCAAGGAGGCUCGCCAUUCUGACAAGCAAGUCCACGCAUUCGUGGACAAGAUCGUCGAAGCCGCAUUGAAGAACACUGAAAACGAAAAGAAGGUGCCUGACGAGGAGAAGGCUCAGUACGUCUUCCUCGACGCCCUUGCCGCUACUACCCGGGACCCCAUCGAGCUGCGCUCGCAGUUGCUCAACAUUCUACUCGCUGGUCGUGAUACCACCGCUUCCCUUCUCAGCUGGACCGUCCUGUCCUUGGCCCGCAACCCCGAGAUCUUCCGUAAGCUCCGUGAAGUCAUUAUCGAGACCUUCGGAACCUACUCGAACCCCCAGAACUUGACCUUCGCUGCCCUGAAGUCCUGCCAGUACCUCCAGUACUGCAUGAACGAGGCUCUCCGUUUAUACCCCGUUGUUCCUUUCAACCGCCGCUCUGCUACCCGCGACACCACCAUUCCCCGCGGUGGUGGUCCGGACGGCGAGUCUCCCGUUUACAUUCGCAAGGGCGAUUCGGUCGCAUACAGCACCUUUGUCAUGCAGCGCCGCAAGGAUAUCUGGGGCCCUGAUGCGGACGAGUACAAGCCUGAGCGUUUCGCCAGCCGCAAGGCUGGAUGGGAGUACCUUCCUUUCAACGGUGGCCCACGUAUCUGCAUCGGUCAGCAGUUUGCUUUGACCGAGGCCGGAUAUGUACUUGUUCGUUUGUUGCAGCGUUUCGAUCAAAUCGAGGAUGUCAACCCCGAUCAGCCGAUCCGCUACGGUUUGACUUUGACUAUGUGCCCGGCUGAUCUGUUGACUGUCCGCAUGCACGAGGCUGAUGAUGCCUAA